AUUGCUAACCUAAAUCAACAUUAGUUUUCAGUUGACCUAUUUCUUAUAUCUAUCUCAUACAUAUUCAUAAUAUGCAGAAAAGAAGCCAUGAUGCCUGUUGUGUUCUUCCAUGGUGGACAGUUUACAACUUUAUUUGCAAAGUUAACACAUAAAAAUUAAAAACGUCGUCGCUUAAAGAACUUCCCGAGCUCCUAGAUGGACACAUCGUCCAUAAUUACUCAAGUCGGACGAGAUGAGGAACUUCUUAACACGUUUCCUCCAUCGGAAAAAGGUUCGACGACGACAACUAAUGUAAAUAAUACCCAACAGAAAAAACCAAGAAACCGCAAUAUAUUCAGCUCUAUUUUAUGUUGUUUUGGAAAUAAUAAUAAUAACAAUAACCCAACAGCUAACUGCCAGGCUCCUGUGGUUGAAGAAAACGGGAAUCCAAGGACAAAUGCAGAAAAAUAUUUGUUAGCGCCUGUUUUAAAUCAGGAUUUAAAUAAAAAAUGUGUAGUUAUAGAUUUGGAUGAAACAUUAGUUCAUAGCUCAUUUAAGCCAAUCAGCAAUGCAGAUUUUAUAGUUCCUGUUGAAAUAGAAGGAACAGUUCACCAAGUAUAUGUUUUAAAGAGGCCUUAUGUAGAUGAGUACCUAAAGAAAAUGGGAGAACUAUUUGAAUGUGUGUUAUUUACUGCAAGUUUAGCAAAAUAUGCGGAUCCAGUAGCAGAUUUACUAGAUAAAUGGGGAGUUUUUAGGUCUCGUCUCUUCAGGGAAUCAUGUGUCUUUCAUCGGGGGAAUUAUGUAAAGGACUUAAGUCGGUUAGGAAGAGAACUAAGCCAAGUUGUGAUAGUAGACAAUUCUCCUGCCUCCUAUAUCUUCCAUCCAGACAAUGCUGUGCCUGUACAGUCCUGGUUUGAUGAUAUGGAGGAUACAGAAUUACGUGACCUUAUACCAUUUUUUGAGGCUUUAGCAAAAGUGGACAAUUGUUAUACAUUUUUACGAAAUGCACAAAAUACAGACUCUUCCUAGUACAGGCUAUUUAAUUAAUUUGACCUUGGUUACAGAGGUGGACACCCCUAAUUGUGGUUACUAAGGUGAUUAACCCUAAUUGACCUUGGAUAUCAAGGAUAAAAACCUAACUACAUGGUGAUAACUAUUAAUGAACUGAGUGCUAUUUUCAGUUUUGUAUAUGCAAGAAAAUUUAUAUAUUGCUGAAGAAUUACCAUCACAGGAAGUAGCUGCUCUGCAGUAAAUAGUAUGCUGCAAUUGGAUAGGAAUUUAUAAAGGUUGUGACAUGUGACAGAGCUUCAAUUAGCAAAAUCCAUGUUAUUAAAAAGUGUUGAGGUGCAUUCACACUGCGCGACAGGUACUAAAACUGUGCCAAAAAAUGUGAGGUGUGAUGUAGUUAUGUUAUUUCAUAGAUGAAUACAUCGAAACAUGUCAAUCUUCUAAACAGAGCUAUUCCUUCCUGAGACAUAAUAUACUCCCGUACUUAUAUCAGGCUGGUUUUCAUUGGUCAAAUCAGACCCAAUUGAUAUGCCAUCAAAAUCUACUAAGCCUCAUUUCUAUCUUUAAGAGUUCAAACAUCAAAUUACGGUGAAUAGCACAUUUUUUAGAUCAUAUGUUUAGCUAUAUUUAGGUCUGAUUACUGAUUCCUGUAAAAGGGUUUAAACAUUCAGUAAAGAAAACCAAUUUGACGGGAAGCCAAAUUAAAAUUCAGGUUAUUGAAUAUCUAAUGAUCAGCCAAAGGGGAGUAACUAGAACAAAAUUCUAAAAUUCUGCCUUGUAAAUUUUACAAGCAUCUUUUGAAAUAAAGAAAAUAAAUAAUCCCAUUGCAAUAUUAAUGAGGGGGCAAUAGGGGGUUCGGUAACAUGUUAACAACACCUCGAUUUUGGCCAAACCAGUUAACAAAAAUGCAAGAAUGCUGAUAACAGUUAACAAAUUGGGUUGAACAAGUUAACAGCUUUAAUUUAUACAAGAGCUAGAGAUUAAGUGACAGAAAUAGGCUUGGUUUAAGUGUCACAGUUUGUCUCAGGAAGGAAGCCUAUAGAUGCUCUUUGUUUUACAGAUUACAAAUGUGUUAAAAUUUAAGUGCAGCAUUUUCUAAAAUUUAUAUAAAAAGCUUUAAGCAUUUUUAAGUUACUUUUGAAACAUAAUACAAAGAAUAAAAAUCAAAGCAAGACAGUUCAGACGCAUGUGAAGAAUUAUAGCAUGUUUUGAAAUAGUAAAAGAACUCUUCCAUAUUUUUGUCAUUAUCCUUUAAGUCUUUUUAUCAGUCAAAAUUGCCCCUUCUAUCAAUUAAAAAAAUAUUGUCAGCCAAAAUAAGGAAUAUAUUAAUUUUGAUAAUUUCAAACUUCAGAAAUUAAAUAUCCAGUAAACAAAAAUUCAAAUUUGAUGAUGAUUCUCUUGACCAAUAGAAAUACUCCUAAGAAUUUAAUGCUUUUUGAUAGAUUUGAUGGAAAGGAAUAUUUUGAGAAUUUACUGCACUUGAUAAUGGAAUGUUGUAUUGAUUGAGUGUACCGAGAUGUUUUUUUACCUCAACAAAUUUGUGAUUUUAAUAGUUUUUAUAAUGUUUCUAUUUUAGUUAUAUAAAUUUUUUAACAACAUGUUCUUAUGCGAUAGUUUUCUAAACCUAUUUUCUGUCUAAUUAUGUAUACAGAUUAUUACUUUGUAAAACUGUACCUUAUUUUGUUACUAAUUAGCUGUAAAGCGUAGUUUUGUGUAAAAUUAUGUUUCAAACUUUUUGUUGCCUCUAAAAGAAUAUGUCACAUGGUUUGAAAGGGAUGAAAGCAUUAGCAGUAUGUAAAGGUCAUCUUUCAAGUUCUCUUGAAUGGAAUUGUGUCUGAAAACAUUUAUGAUAAAACCCUUUUUGUCCUUAGAGGAAUUUUGAGAAGACCGUUUUAAUAUUACACUGAUGUUUUGUGAUUACCAUGCAAUUUACCCUGGGAAUUAUACAAAUUAUGCCACAAUUAGUUAUAAAUUCUACAUAUGUAUCGGAACAGAAUUAAAUUUUUAAUAUUUGAAAAUAUUCCCAAAUUUUUUCCUUAUUUUUUAAUUUUUUUAAUGAAAUCAUGGUGUGAACAAAUCUAUUAAUUGUGGCAUUAUUUGACCACAGAAAGUUUUUAAAAUCAUUGCUAAAUGUAAGUUACUUUUCUAUGAUGGUGCCUUAUGUACUGAUUGUAAAAUUCUUAAGUUAUAUUCAUCGAUCAUUUGUGUGGUGUUCUUUGUCAUAUUUGUUUGUAAUCAAAUGAUAUUUGUAAACAGAAUGGCUUUAUACCAAUUAAUGGGUGAAAAUAUAUCAGCAUUGUUUAGGCUUAGUUAAAAUGUCAGACUAAUCUAUAGAAGUAUCCUUGUCAAAGGAAAACAAACUCUGGUUUGUGUAGAUACUAGUUUUGUAGCUUCUAAACCAAAACUUACAAAAUGACCACCUAGUUUAAAAUUCCUUAUGAAUUUCCGGAGAAUAUUGCCUGACAAGAAUUCACUUUUUUAUCAGACAAAUGAUAACCUUAAGAAACAUAUCUGUAUAGAGUUUAGUGAUUUGUUAGUAGUUCAAACAGAUCCAAGCUUCAUUGCAACAUAGAUCAAAGCUUUGCGAUAACACAGAUCCCAGCUUCCAUGGUAAACAUAAUAUUUAUCAUAUGAAAUUAUAAUGGGUUGUUUUUCUUAAUUUGUAUAUAAUUUUAUCUUAUAAAAUAUUUGUUUGUAUGUUUAUAAUUUAAAAGAAGGGACUGGCUCAAUUUAAAAUAAGGGACUGCCUGAACCCUGGUGAAGAGAAAUAUCUUCAUAUCAGCCGACUAUUUCUAUUACUGUCAAGUUUCUAUAUGUAUGGAGAGCAGUUAAAGACAUAUAUAUUUUCUUGAACUUUUAUAGAUAGAUAAAACUGGUUUGUGAACAAAGACGAUAUUUUGAUUUAUUGAGACAGUCCCUAAUUUUAUAUUUUUUUAAGAGUCCUUUUAAAAUGGCAUCCACAAAAUACCUCAAACUUGAAAAAAAAUUUUGUUCUAACUUGUGUGUUAACUUUUUGUUUGCUGAAGGAGUGCACAAGGUCACAGUGUUAAAUUUGUCCUGUUUAGAUGUUUUCGACUGAGUUUAAGCAAACUUCAAGAAUUGUCAACAAGUUAUAGAAAUAUUGACUUUAAACAUACGUGAAUUUACGAUGGGAUACCAAGGAUGAAUGAAACUUAUCUCCAAAUAGUUAUAUUUUCUAGAAAAGUUAAAUUGCAUAUCAAAUAAAUUUUUCCUUCCUUCGUUUAGUUUCGAGUAUAUUCCAGAGAAAAUUAUUUUUUAGUAUAAUUAAUUAAGAAAAAAACGUUUGGACUUUUUAUAGGAAUAGAAGUUUUAUUUUGUUUAUUUUGAAGGAAGGCUUUAUUCUGGUGUGCGUACAAUAGAAAAUUAUAGUGUGCCUCGCUAUUGCAAGAAAUAGAUUUUCAUGAAAAUCAGUUCAGAAAUUUAAAAGAUUUUUGAAAAUUCGUUAGUAAGUAUCCACUUCUAAAGUUCACAACACUUUUAGUAAUGAUUUUUCAGUGUAUUUGGUUGUUUUGAAAAAACCGAGUCCUGUUACUAGAAAAUUUAAUAUUGGUAAGAGUUUUUCCUUUAAUUCUCGCUCCAGACAAUCAUUAAUUAUUUACUAAAUAAACAUGAAAUUGAUGGCUGUUUUACUUCUUUUCACUUUCUUCUUUUUUUUUUAUUUUCAUUUUUUUCAAAAAACAAAAAAUCUUUGGUCCCUAGGAAAUCUUAGACAGCAUUUAUAUGUUAGACAAUUCUAUUUUAGACCUGAUUGUUCAAAUUAUUUAUAACUUUGACAACUUAAGGUGGUAUGGGAGUCUAAAAUAAAAAUGAUAGAAUUUGUUCAUACUUUGCCAAAAUGUAGUAUCUAUUGAUACAUGUUGAAAAAUAUUAUAAAAAUGAUAGGACACCGUGCAUUUUUUCAAGCUACGGGUCGUGACAAAAUGACACAUUUUGUAUGGAUUUUACAGGAAAAAACACCAUUUUGUGAAUAGAAACUAAACGAAAUGAUAGAAUUGUAAAAUAAAUUAGGAAAAUAUAGCUUUCAAACAAUGCUUUGAUAAUAUCAAUAGAAAAGAUUGGGUCACCAUGCGUUUUUUCUGGCUAAAAUACAAAGUAGGAAAAUUCCAUGAACAAUCCAACAGAAAAUGCACUAUUUUAGAGUUACCUCCCCUUAAAAUGACAAUUUCAAAAUAUUUAAAAACAACCAAAAAUAAUCUGCACUUGUACAUAUAUUUAUAUUUAUAAGUUAUAUUUUUAUAAAUUGGAUCUUUUAAAUGUAAAAACACAUGAAAAAUCUGCAUACUUGCAUCAAAUUUUGCUAAUUUGAUAGAAAAUAUGGACCUUAGAUUCUCUGUUUUUUACAAUCCAAGAUGGUGGAAGACACCCAUACCACCUUAACUGCAAAAAUGAGAGGAAAAAAAACUUGAAUAUAAUCAACCCUAUCAAAUUUACUGUAAAUUUUAAAGGGAUGAAGAGGUGAUGCUUUUAACAAGUCAAUCUGAAAUUAAUCAGUUGAAUUUUGUGAAAUUUUAGCAUACUUAGCUGGAAAAUUUACAUGGCAAGCACAUUCAGUGUGAAUUGGAUAAGUCAAUUCAUUUCCGUGACUUUCGUUCUUGUAGAACUUUUUGUGUGUAAUUCAGGGUAAAAUAAUUCAAUGCUUAAACACAGCUGGGGAACAGGAGAUGGGGCAAGCCUGAAAAAUGUUGAAUUCAAAUAAUAGUGGAUUUACAUGCAUGUUUAAACUUUCAGUUAAAGGGUGGGCCAACAUACUGGAUAGAAAAGUUUUGUUUUUGGAAGAUGUUUAAACAUACUGAAGUCUGUUUCCAAAUCAAAUGUUUUACUAAAGGUCAGUUAUCUCCCCUUAUAUAUUACAGUUUAGUUAUCUUCCCUUAUGUAUCACAGCUCAGUUAUCUCCCCUUAUGGGUGACAUUAGUUAUCUCCCCUUAUGGGUGACAUUUAGUUAUCUACCCUUAUGUGUGAUAGUGACAUAACCAGUUGGAAACCGUGAUAAAUGAUUGUUUAUUUUCUUGUUUGUUUAUGUUUGUUUUACAUUUUAUGUCUCUUUUAUUGCUGAUAAUGUAAACAAAAGUGUUUAUGUAAACAUAUAUAUAAUUGCAUUGUUAAUCACUAUGAAAUUUGUACAUAGAAAUAGCAUUAUUUUUGCUACGUCCAUAAUACUAUUAUUAUAUAAAUAUAUAUAAAGUUUCAAAUUAUAAGCAUUUUAAGGAAAUUUUAUGAAUUGUUACAAGUACGUUGAUGGUGAUAAUUCAAAUAACAACAUUUUUAUAAAUUAUGUUUAAAAAAAUAUAUUGUAAAAUGUAUCAAGAUCGUUAAAAAAUUAGGAUAAGCCCUUUUCCUUGUUGUAUUAGACAUUUUAGAAAUUUUAAUCUAGUUUUUAUAGAAUAUCAAAGAAGCAAAAAAUGAAAAAAAUUGAUAGUUAAUUUUAUAGUUUUAUAUUGGAAAUACCUUCCUAUAUAUAGCAAGGGCAUUAAUUGAUAUGAAAUGAAACAAAAAUAAAAAUUCUUGUAAUUUGAAAAUCAUUUUGAAAAAAUUAUAGAUUGCACCAUAAAAGAACAAUUAAAGAUUUUGAAUAAAUUAUCAAUUGCACUAUUACAGAACAGUUAAUGAUUUUCCUUGAAUGCUCAUAAACAAUUAUAAUUUUAUAUAUAUAUAGAGAGAAUAUACCCUGUAUACUUGUAAAUAUAUUGUUUGUUUCAGGUCAUCAUGUGACUAUGUCUGCCUUUUCUUAUUGGACAGAACACACAUCAUGUGACCAUGCCUUCCUUUUCUUAUUGGAGAGUACACACAUCAUGUGACCAUGUCUGCGUUUUCUUAUUGAGCAGUACACACAGCCAAAAUUAUAUCUCUACUCAUGUCUAAUUCAUUUUUGUUGUAUAAAAGAAGUUCUGAUUGGAAAUUUAACUAUGAAAAAUAUAUUAAGCAUUUAUUAUCUUUAUUUGUUUUUUAAAAGAAGGAGUGAAACAAGAUAACCUUCCUCUCAGUUUUAUAUGAAAAAAAAUCUGUUUGGUUUAAAGAUGCAUCAUUUUAUUAAAGAUAAUACAAAAUUAUUAAAAGGACAGAGAAAUAAAUAUGAAAACCAAAUUGACAAAAAUCCAUAUAUAUGUGUGUUUAAAUACUGAUAUUUAUAUGAAGUUUCAGGUUCAUUUAUUAUGAAUUGUAUUGAAUCCAGUGAAUUUUUAACAAAAUUAUGGUACAUAUAUCUACAAUUUUUUACAAACUUGAAUCCCUGUUCUAAUUUUGCUCAAAAGUCACUUCAGGAUACCUCAUAGUGAUCUGCUAGAAAAUCUAAAAAUGAUGAAAAUAAUAUAAUAACUUCUUGAAAAAAACCAGUACAAAACAAGAUAUGAGUCAUUGAUGUAUUUUAAUUAUUCAUUUAGUUUUUUUUAUAUUAUUAUAAAUUGAGUUUGCGGUUUUUCAUUUCUUGCACUUAAAAAAGGACAUGUUUUUUUCAUUAAUGAAAACAUGAUGUUUGUUUUAGGCACUUCAUCCUUUCGCAUCUUAAAACUGAAAUCUAGUCAGGGCUUUUAUGUUGGCUGUCCCUUUUAACCCCCUUUUAAAUAGACUUUUGUUGAUAGAAGACAUAGAUUUAUUAAUAGUAUGUUGGUGAAAGGUCAUGAAUAUUUAUUUUAUGUGUAAUCCAGAUAUUAUGAU